AAUUACCAUUGUCGAGUUUUCAGUGCCUUUUUAUUUUACGAAGUAUUGAGUUUGAGUUGGGCUUUCGAAUUUUUCGAUUCUUUUGCCACUAUCUGUAUCUAAAAGCUUGUUUAAAUCGAGACAACUGCUUCAAUGUCUAAUUCCUUCCAACCCUAGAAGAUCAGAGAAGACCCAAAAUUGGACCGUCUUCUCAACUCUUCCCCCUUUCAGAGCUCCAAGAGAACUUCAAGAUCCCGUUUGAUCCCGCUUGCUUUUUAUAAAUCUUGACAGAGCAGUGUUUUUCUCAUCUUAUUACGUGCACGAUGAAGCAUGUUGUUAAGAUUUUGUCCAUCCUAGUGACCAUUUCUGCCAUUUGGGUUGGCCUCUUGCAGACCUCUAUUGUUCCUCGUAGCCAUACUUGGUUGCUACCCAUCUAUUUUGUUGUAUCGCUCGGAUGCUAUGGUUUGUUAAUGGUUGGAGUUGGUUUGAUGCAAUUUCCUACGUGCCCUCAAGAAGCACUAUUAUUGCAGCAGGACAUCAUGGAGGCCAAAGAAUUUCUAAAGCAAAAAGGGGUUGAUGUUAGUUCAGAUUGAUAAAGGCACACUGUUUGAUGUGUGGAUAGUUAAUAGCAAAACAUCUGAAAGCUUUGAGCAAUCUGUCAGUGGGUUCAUCUGAAUGCUAAAUUUUCCUGUCUAGUCAAAAUUUUGUCAUAGAGUUGCAAUGUAAUGUAAAAGCUAAUUGAGUUUUGAGGUUCCACAGCGGCUCCAGGACAUGUAUGAAAAUGUGGAUUUUAGUUUUUUCUCCCCUUUCUCUUCUUUUAACCGUUGGGAAUUGAGACUUUGAGAUUUGUAGCAUUAGCCCUAUGUGAAGUCACAAGGAGAUGAGUAGCAAAUCAUGAUUGCCAUUCAUUAUCUUUUUGAAACAUAUACAAUUCCUAGUUAACUUUGUUAUAGUAUUUGUGAAAUUCAAUUUUCUACUCA